AAGGUCGUGUCGUCUAGUUCAUUGGUUUAUGCGCUACAGUUUGGGUAUUCAAGUUGUAAGGAUAAGGAACAUUUAAUCGAUGAAACGGUAUUUAAAAAAAGCUCGAGUUCUGUGCAUCUUUUUCUUUCUUGUUAUUCUAUUUGGAGUAUGUUGGGUGGUAAAUAACGGUAAUCAAUCUCUUGUACAAUAUCGGGCUGAUAUUAUUAACCUCUCCCGAAAGUAUGUCAAAGCUUUGGCCGAAACUCAGAAUGUGGGUUUUGAUGAUCCUUACAGCGCAGAGUUGACGGGAUAUGAUUUAAAGAAAACAUUGGCCGUUAUUCUAGACGACGUGCUACGUCGUAUUGACCAGAUAGAAUCGAAACUCUCUAAUUUAACGUAUUUAUCUACUGAAGUAACUAGACAUUAUUCCGAUUCUAUAAACUCGGCACCAUUUGUACCUCAUACUGCCCGAGGUUUGAAAAUGAGUAAUAAUGAGAAAUCAGACUACAAGAAAAUUAACUAUUUGAAUCUUCUACAAGAUGCACAAGAAAACUGUGUUGUUCAAGCUAAAGAAAUACCACUAUACCCGGAAUGUUUUUCAAAGAUUGAAUGGCUGCGAACCCGUUGGGGAACUCAUUCAUGUUAUGUUGAGUUAGGAAUCGAUGGAUCAGAAUGUUCACUUGUCCGGUAUCUUAGUGAGGUUGAAAGUUUCUGUCCACGAUUGGAUAGCAGAAAAUUUCUGAAACGUCAUAGAGAAGCUCAGAUAACUCAAGAUCUUAAUGGUUUGCUUGGCAUAUUAUCCUUAGCUAAAAAUCAUUUGUUAUCGAAAUCGUUUAUGACUACACGGCUAAAACGUAUGUGGCCUGAUUGGUUAGCAGGAAUUCAACAUUAUAUAAAUGGAGUUAAUUUUUCACAAGCUGAUUAUUCAUCACUGGAUCAGUGUAAAUUUUGUUCGCCUGACGAUAUAGCUUGUGCUGAUAUUUGUCAGUCUACCAAACUAAUAGGUCAUCCGUUUUUAUUUGGAAGACCGAAGCUCAAUAUUCUACUUCAUAUGGGAUUUUUAUCGAAUGGUUUUCAUAAGAAUUCUUUCGAAUCAUAUAUUUCUAAAGGUGGUCCCCUUGGUGAACUUGUUCAAUGGACUGAUCUCAUAGGUGCUCUCUAUAUUCUUGGACACAACAUAACAAUUACUUUUGAAGCUGCUGAAGCAAAAUCAAAAUUGUUACAUCCCUACUCAGAUCACGUACCUUGUCAGGUAGAGAAUAAUAAAUACGAUUUGAUAUACACAGAUAUUACAGGAUUUAAAAAUUUGAAAAGAAUGAACAUCCGCACUCCAUUAUGUAAAUUCCGUAUAUUGGAUACAUUUGGAACAGAAGCUGUUUAUAAUCAUAGAAAAGAACCUUGGAGUGGAUUACAUUUAAAUUUGCAGCAAUUCUAUACAUUUUUCCCUCAUUCACCGGAUAAUACAUUCCUGGGUUUUGUUGCUGAAAUACUCCCACUCAAAUAUAAAUUAUCUCAUCGAUCAUCAUCUAAACCCGUUGCUCUUGUUUAUGGAAAAGAGUCUUAUAUGUGGACUAAUAAAACAAAUUAUUUGAGAAUUUUAUCUGAUUACUUUGAAUUACAUGGAAAUGUGAUGGAUAAAGUUGAUAACUUACCAAAAUUUGUGCAUAUACAUCAAAUGCAAUAUGGUCAACCAUAUUUAGAGUUAAUGUCGAAAUCUCAAAUAUUGAUUGGAUUGGGAUUUCCUUACGAAGGUCCUGCGCCUUUGGAAGCAAUCGCUAACGGUAUAAUUUUUCUUAAUCCUCGUUUUAAUCCGCCUCACAGUAGAAGCAGUCAAGCAUUUUUUGCUGAUAAACCCACUUCACGAGGUCUUACCAGCCAACAUCCGUACAUAGAAAAUCAUAUCGGUGAACCUUACUCAUAUUUGGUUGAUAUGAACAAUGAAACACAGAUACGCUUAACUGUCAAACGUAUUCUGACCAACAUUUCUAACGGAACCUAUCGUCCUCACGAAUAUAGUCCGUGGGGUUUUCUUGAACGUCUUAAUGCUUAUUUGACACGCCAAGAUAUCUGCGCCGCACCUUUUUACAAAAACUUGAUUCAGUCUCCGUUGCCGAUAGCAAAAUCUGAUGCGCCUCCUAAAUUUAACUACCUAGAUGUCCCCAGCACUACUGUUUCAUGGCCUCCAGCAUCAAGUUUAAAGAUAGUUUUGGGAUCUCGUGGCAAAUCUUGUGCAGAUGUGUGUAUGAAUCUGGGAACUUCAGAACAUACUUUAUUACUGCCUUCCGAUAUUUCUGCUUCCUCCAUUUCUAACAAAACACAACAUCCCCAAAUACAGAACGGAUACCUUUACUAUCGUUCUGUUCACGCUACUCCUCCGCAAAACUUGUCCUAUCUUUAUACAUUUCGCUGUUCUCCAGAACACUUUCCAAGUGUUAAUCAUCGACUUAACCUUCAGCAUUUCGGUGUUUCUUGUCCUAAUAUUACUUACACAACUAGUCCGAUGGCACCAUAUUGGGACGAUGCAACAAGUUCAUGUGUUUUUCAAGCUAGUCAUGAAUGGUUUGAUUGUACUGCCUCAGGAACUCUUAAUGGAUCUAAUGUAUUUUCUCGUUUUUGUCCUUGUCGUGAUGCUCUUCCUAACCAGAUUUCUUUAUGUUCUAACUGUUUGUGACAAAAUGUUCUAUUCCUUAAUGAUUUCAUGUAUAGAGAAUUAUAAAAGCUACAUUUAUACUUUCACCUUCCCGUCCGGUUGUAUAUGAAUCGUAUUAUGUACUUUCUUUAACAUUUUAAGUGUACGGUGAAGUACUGAAUAUUUAAUUGUUAUUUUCUGUCGAAAAGCAUUUUUCCCAUUUCAGUCUGCAAGAUUAAUUAAUAUAUUUACUAAUAACUGCAUUAUAAUUUGUAUUUACUUUAUAUAAAUUCUAGUCUACGAAAGUUUUCUGUUGUAAAGUUUUUAUUCCUUCAGAUUUUUUCGUUUUAGAAUUCAAUUGGAGAUUUCUUUCUAUAACUAUACUUUCCAUGUUUGUACAACGUAUUUUCGAAUUACAUAGAAUAAUAUUGUUGUAUGUUAGAAAACUAGAUUACUUUUUCAUAUGUGUUUACAAUAUUAAGUUGAUUUCAUUGACAGCUGAUUUGAUUGAGUUUUGUGAAUGAAGAACUGUAAUUGUCUGUUUCGACAUUCCGAAGGACAUGAGAUGUUUGAUGACUUUUUAAUAAUCAUUUUUAAGUCUAGAUAAUGUGUCACCACCAUCGUUCUGUAGUAGUAUUAAAUUGUUUGCUAAUUUUUAAUACAUAAGUGUCAUACAUCUCUGCAA